GAUCAGAUUCUCAUAAUACUUGGAACUCAGGGUUGAUUAAAUCAGGUUAACCUGUACUUUUUUUUUCUAAAAUUAUACUAUUUGGCAAAAAGAAGAAGCCCAGUAACUAUUGGUCAAUCAAACCAGCCCAACAAAUCUCCCGUUUAAAUUCAAAAAGUUCAAACGUCACAGAGGGAGCUUUACCGGUUAGACUUCCAUGGCAGCAAAGCCCUGACCUUUCAAAAUUCUCUCAAAAAUCAUCACUUUGAAUCAUCAUUAACAUGGUCAUGAUCAUAUCAUAAUGGACGCAGACAUUUGCCGUUGGAUUUUCGAAUUCCUAAUGCGAAGCACGGCGGUGCAAGACCACGUCAUCAAGAACCUCCUCCAAGUCCUCCCGCUCUCCUCCGCCGCCGCCGCCGAAGACACUCGGUUCAAGAAGGCCGUCCUCCUCCGUACAAUCCAGUCCGAGAUAUCCGACGCAACGGUCACCGAGACGACGCUCCAGGCGCUGGAACUGAUCGAAGAGAUGGACCGAAACGACGGUGUGGAGAUCGGAGAGUCACUGAAGGCGGCGUAUAUGGCGGCGGCGGUGGAGUGCACGGUGAAGUGCUUGGCUUUGGAGGGAAGCAAUGGGAAGUACUUCGAGGCGGUGAAGAGAGUGUGGAGGGGCAGAAUCGGUAAUUUGGAGAAAUCGGGGAACAAGAGCGAGUUGGUUGGGGAUAACGCCGAGUUGACUCGGUGGAAGAACGAUUUGGAGGCGGCGCUUUGGGAUGCCAAAACAGCAAAGAGGUUGAUGAAUUUGAAUACAAGGGCCGAGGCUCUGCAAAAGCUUAGGGCUUUUUUAGGGGAGGCUUGGGCACUCAUGGGCCCUUCCUUUAUUGAAGUAGCGGCGGCCCGGGCUCCGGAGUUGGCUGCGAAUGAAGAGGAUAAACUUGUGGCUGGGAAAGAAAUGCAUAAGGGGAAUGUGCUUCCUAGAUGCAAUCACAGUGCAUGCCAUAAAUGCUCUAAAGGCGGAGUUAGGAUUGUUGAAGAAGAGGACAUGGACGCAUUAUGUAGCAAAUACGAUUCCUUGCCUACCCCUGAAGUUAAUAGGAUAAAAGAGGCACUUAAAUCCAGUUCUUUGGAGUUACAGGCAGUGGUGAAGGACCCUCACCCUGAUGCAUUACGUUUGGCUGAAUCUGUAAUGUCUGACAUGGUGAAAAAAGAUAAGACACAUGAACCUUCUGUAGAAAAUCAGAGUGGAAAAGACAUAAAUGCACUCAAUCCAUCCGUUGACAAAAGCGUAACGCCACAAGCUACUGACUCUGGUUGUGGAAAUCAGUCCUGCAUUCCUCAGAGCAAUUCUACUCGACCAAGCUUAAUGGAGCGGGAUAGCACUGCUCAUACUUAUGAGUGGGAUGAUUCCAUAGAUGGCUCACAAGAAGGAAUGACCGAUCGUGCAAAUAGACUUCACCUACCUAACCCAAAGAGAAAGAUUGUUUCUCCUUUGAGGAAGUAUAAGGUUAAAAAUUUUGUUAGGAGAACAAUCAAGAGAUGGAGUUUAUUGGAGGAAGACACUUUAAGGACUGGUGUGCAGAAGUUUGGUAAAGGAAAUUGGAAGCUCAUCUUAAAUUCCCACCGUGAUAUUUUUGAAGAAAGAACAGAGGUUGAUCUGAAGGAUAAGUGGAGAAACAUGACACGGUAUCUAGGAAGUAUGGACAUGGACAUAGGUAUGGGUACGGGCAUGGGUACGACACAGUAACAUAAACAAUUUCUAAAAAAUUAUAACAUAAAAUGGCCAAUAUAACAUCGUUUUGGCACUCUAAAUGAAAUGUCCUCACUUCCUAGCACGGUAUUGAACCCACAAAACAGAACGCAAAUUUUUUUGUAUUUUCUGAAGAGAUAAAAAUUUGCAGUAGUUUGUUAGUUCACCCCAUAACGUUUCCGCCUUGUACAUCAACAUGUGUAUACUCUCAUGUAGUGCUAGUUCUUGUAGUUUUCUUGACUGAGUUAUACUCUCAUGUUCAUCUGAUGCCUUCCUAUGCUCAUAUUUCAGCUCGGUUAAGCUACACCAGUGAUGUGGGUUUAACGUAAUUAUGUAGUGAGCUUAUUUUGGAUCAUGUUUUCACAUGUAUAUAUUUUAUUCCCCAUGAAUGAAAUGUAUGUAUUUUGAUAUU